AUGUCCCUUUCUCUUCCUGCCAUACUUCCAGGCAGCGCAUGUGGCGGCGGCACUGAUAACAGUGCAGAGCCAGCCUAUUACGUGUUGAAGGGCGAGGCUAUGGCAGGCCUCAUCAGCCCCAUGGGAGCACCAACGAAUCUCAGGCAGCUGAGGGAGGGAGACGCCUUUGCGAUUCCCAGGGGGUGGGCGCGUUGGAUUUGGAACAACGGCCAGCAGCCUUUUCAGGUUCUCUCCGUGGCCGAUACGUCCAAUGCCACUGACACCUCCCAGGGCGCGCCAAGCUCUGCGGGCCGAUACACCGCCUUCCACCUCAUGGGCGUGCGGAAGGAGAACUUUGGAAGCAUUCUGCAUGGCUUCAGUUCAUCCUUUUCUUUAUCCUGUUACUUCACCCCUCUGCGCUCCCCCUUUCCCCCAAUCCUCCGUCCAACCAGCUCUGACCUGCUGGCUCAGGCGUGGGACGUGGAGGAGGGGGAGGUGCAGCAGCUGCUGCAGGCGCAGCAGGAAAGCGUAUUUGUCAAAGUCACUCCCCAGCUUCAGGCAGAGCUGGAAAGCUAUGGGGAGAAUGAGGAGGAGGAGGAGGCAGAGGAGGCAAAGGAGGUGGGGGGGGCGGAGGGGGCAGAGGAGGCAGAGGACGAGGAGGGGAUUGAGGAGGGAAUUGAGGAGGGAAUUGAGGAGGGGAUUGAGGAGGGGAUCGAGGAGGGAACUGAGGAGGGGAUUGAGGAGGGGAACGACCAGCCUCACUUUGGCAAGGGGGCGAAAGCCAGUGUGAGCAUCUUUACUGAUUUCACCUACAACCUCAAGGCGCGCCAGCCGGACAUCGUUGCGAAGCGCGGCGGCAACAUGACAGUUGCGAAUGGGUACAAGCUGCCGGCGUUCCGCAAAGUGGGCUUUGCAGUGGCGCGCAUCAGCCUGGAGGGCAACGCCAUGACGCCACCACGAUGGCUGGCGAAUGCGGCGGCCAUGCUGUAUGUCACCAAGGGCAAGGGGCGGGUCGAGAUCGCCUACCCCGACGGCAGGCAGGCGCUGCGGCACGACGUGAAGGAGGGUGACUUUGUGGUCGUUCCUGCCAGCUACCCGCACGCUGCUCUGGCCUAUGGAGAGGGUCUGGAGUGCAUCACCAUGGUUCCCAAGAGCCGCCCGCAGGCGGGGUUCCUGGCGGGAGCGAACUCGGUGUUUCGGAUGCUGCCCCCCGCCGUGCAGAGCGCCGCCUUCAACGUCGAUGAGAAGCUGCUGGAGAAGCUGCGCGCCACCCGGCAGAGCGAGUUUGGCAUCCUGCCGCCCAGGAAGAGCGGCGGGGGAGAGGCAGAGGAGGAGAUGCCUAUGCUCAUCAAGCAGGUGGUGGGCUUCUGA